UUUGAAAAAUAAGGAAAACUAUCAGAAAGUAUUGAAAUAGCGCUCAGAAAACUAGAAGAAAUUUAUGUUUCCUUAUUCGGAAUUGUCCAAACGAAGUUUUUCAAUUUUCAGCAUUUGCAAACGAACACGGUAACUCCAAAAUCGAAAGUUAUGAAGAAACAUCUUUUUAUAUUCUUCAUUAUUUUAAAAUGUGCUCUGCGAUGUUUAUGUGACUGUGUUCUUUUAAAACCUACGAAUACAACCGACAGUGCUAAAGAAAAUGCCUUACUUGAUGUAAUAAAACCUUUAAAUGAUCAUGUAUUUAGAACCAAAGAUAUUAUAGACCCAGCCCAAUAUAGUUAUAAAGUGAGCAUUUGUGGAAAAAUAGAUGGUCAGCCUAGUGGCGCUGGUGCUAUUCAAGAAACCAGGAAUAAAACCUAUGUUUUGGGAAGGUAUGACAAGGUUGAUAUUAUGGGAGGAACGGAUUGGAUACUGUUAAUAUAUUAUGGUGGUGACAUGUACCAUACCCACUGCAACAACUCACAUCGAGUUACACAAAUCAUGAUCAUCUGUGACCCUGAUGUGCUUAUAGGAAAACUAGAGAUAAUAGAAGAGAGAAGAUCUGCUGAGUCUAGCUGCUAUUAUCUUUUCGAAAUAGGAAGUAAUGUCUCUUGCACUGCAAGAAAAAGAACUGAAUAUGUAACUCAUGGCCUCAGUUCGGGCAGUGUGUUUUGUAUUUUGUUUUUUACUUUUGCAUUUGUUUAUCUUGUGAUUGGUGUCCUAUACAAAAGAAUUGUGCUGGGUGCAAAGGGUAUGGAGCAAAUACCUAACUAUUGUUUCUGGAAAGACUUUGGGAAUUUGCAAGCGGACGGAUGUGAUUAUUUUUGUCGCUGGGGUUUGAGGCAUGAAUCACAAGCAUAUCGUGGAAUUGAUGAUCAUCUUAAGACGGAUGAAGAGAGAGAUGAUCAACUAUUAAAUAUGUGAUAUUUUGAAAGCACACUGUUCAGAUAUUUAAAAGUAUUCUUACAUUUAAAACUUCAGCUAUGUCAGCCUGCACCUAAAGGCUUUAAAAUGAAGUGAAAUGAUACCCCAAACUUGCGCUUUUAAAAAGGUUUUGAUUUACCAACUUUGAAAGUGGAUAAUCAUUAUUAUUAGUAUUUUCUUUUCUGUUUUAAAUUUAAACAUUUUGUAUGUAACUAGUAUUUUAAAAAUGCAAAAGAAAUAUAUUUUUGUGCACUGGUGUCAUAUUGCUUAGCCAAGAAAGCAUAAAUAUGUAUAUUUGUUCAGUUUAAUUUAUUUAAAUUAAAAAAAAAUAGUUUUCUUGCCAUAUUAUAAUGGGUGUGUGUAUACAGAUGAAUAAUAAUAGCUUUGUGUAUUUUUACAGCAUUUUUUAAAAAAUAUCUGAUAUGUUUCAGGAAGCAUAACAUUUUUACCGUUUUUUACAUCAUACGCCCAGUAUUAGUUCUGUAUGAAUUUUGUUGUUAAUCUAGUCAUAUUUAUGUCUGUUUGAAUCUCUAGAGUUUGCUUGGUCCUGAAGUUUUAUUAAAGGUUCAAUAUAUAAUGAAAAAGUAAAAGAAAUACAGCAUAUGUUUUAUUUUUUAAUCUCAAACUGAAAAUUGACAAAAUGAUUGAUUUUUGUUGUAUAUGUAAAAUGAUAUGGAAACUUGACCUGAGAAUUUACUGAAUCAAGUUUUGUUAAUUACAUUUAUAAAUUGAAUUCUUUUACAACUUAAAAUAUAGGCUUUGUUCUCUUGCACUAAAUAUGUAUAGUUUGAAAAAAUGUUUCAGUUCAAAAUGUAAAUAAUGUGAUGUGAUGCAAACAUAUUUAAUGUGCAUAUACUUAACUUGCUUCAUAUUUUCUUUGAGCUGCGUCCAAAAUCUCACUUUUUUCAAAAAAAAAAAAAAAAAAAAACUGCUUAUUUAGGGUUUUUUUUUAUUUUUUAAAAUUUUGCAACAAAUUUGGUGCAUUGAAAGAAUUCACUUUAAAAAAGUCAUUUUAUCAAAAUCUUAUUUUCAAGAACUUUGCUGACUUUUAGCUUGUACUUUGCCGAAAAUUGCAUGCAGUGUUUGAGAUGUAAACCCUCUUGCAUCUUGUAAAUUUUUCAAUUAAUUUAAAAACUGAAAGCUAUUUAAGCAUAGGCUACCUUCAGUCUACUCAUUUUAUUUUAACAGUUUAUUUAUUUAUUUUUUAAAAUUUGAUUGAAGUUCUUAAAUAAUUGACUGCAGAGCAAUUAGCGGCAUUAUUUGUGGCAUUGACAUCUUCAUAUGUUGGCACUCUUGCAUGUGAUUAUAAACGAUUAGUUUGAUAAAACUUUUUGUGCGCAUUAAGGCUCAAAAAUAAGGGUUUGUAUUAAGCAGACAAGCAUUAUUAGCAACUUAUUUUAUCAUAUGUUUCCUGAAAGCGCCAUCAUGGCAAAAUUUUACAAUGAAUUUUGAAAUUACUUCUGAAUUUUUUUAAAUACUGAUUGUACUACACUAUAUACACUAGCCUUUAAAUUUUAAAAGUUAUACUUUUAUUGUUAUUUUUAGUCAGUUGUAGUCAUUCUAAUUCUUACUACACUCACUAUUAAAGAUUAAUUCUGAAGCUUUUAUAGUGUUCUAUGAAAACUUCUGCCUAAUGCUGAAACUUUUAUAUGAACUGGAACCAAACCAACCCUUGUUAAUUUAUUAAUUGUAAGAAAGCUUGCUCUUUCAAAUAGUGUUAACUAGACCUUAAAAAGGCCCAUUUUAUCCUUGAAUAUUUUGAAAAUUUUCCAAUUUUGUGUAUGAACCAUAUCGCAUUUUAAGGUUUGAAUGUCAGCUAUUUUUAUUAGGAGAUACUUUUGGCUUUUGUGUUUUUAAUAUUUUUGCAUUUAUUUAUUCUUGCUUUCUUUUAACCCAUGAUCUUAUCUCUGCAUCACAGUUUUAUAUAUACAGUAAAGCUCAAUUGCCCAAAAUAAGCGGAAAUACCAAAUUCCGAACAUGCUACUCUUUUGUAUAGUUGAGCGUUAGAGAUUUAAGUACAUGUUUUAAAUAUUGAGUGCAAUAAAGCAACAAGAAAUGUAAAAGAAAAGUUAUUAUUAUUAUUUCAAAAUCAUUCCUUCAAUUAACAAAAAUUGCAAUCAUGGAAAAGGAAUGUAUACGAAAAACCGCUGUUGUAAAAGCAGAUCAUUCUCUCAUUGGGAACAAAACCUCUACAGUCCUGUUCAAAUUCGUUCUUAUUAUAUUUCAUUCUUUUCAAAUUUCAUUUCAAAUUUCAUUUUUCAUUCUUUUAAUUACAAACUUUAGCUGUAUUUAAAAAAGAAACAUGUUUUCAAAAAAACUUGAGAUAUUUAAGACGUUUUAGACAUCAAAUAUUUCUCAACGGUCUGAAAUGAAUGAAUUCCAAAACAUUACAAGGAGGUGUUAAGCCACUUUAGACAAAUGUAAGGGGUCAUAUAACAUUCAGAAGGUAGCUUAACAAAUAGAUUGCUUUAUGUACAAUAGUAUUUUUUCUUCAUUAUUUCUUUCUCCUGUUUUUCCUUUCCUUUUUUGGAGGUAUAGAUGUAAAGGAUGGAAAAACCAGAACUAUGUAUUUAACAGCUGGAAAAUGUCUUUUUUUUUUUCCUUUGAGAGAGAGAGAGAGACUAUAUCACUUUCUAGAUUAAUUUAAAUUAUUAAUAGCUGUAAAAGGCUUUUAAAAUUAAAAGAUGUCCUCCAAAAACACAGCUUGUAUUGAAUGAAGCAAAACUGAUAUAAUAGUUAUUUGAAAGAAUUGCUUUUCUCAAUGUUGAAAUAAUGUUUUGAAAGGUUAAAAGUGAAAUAUCUACAGUGGAGCCUCAGAAAUUCAAACCCCGGGAAUCCAAAAUUACAGAAAAUCGAUGCAGCUUGUGCAGUGAAGACAUAAAAUUAGAUUUGAAAAAAAAAAAAAAACUAUGAUUCAAAUGCUUAUUUUUUUUAAUGCCAUAUUUUUAGCUAGCAUUUGAAUUUUGAAUUCAAUGUACAUUCCAAUUUUGUACUUUACUGUGUAGAACAGAAUUUGGUCAUUUUUCCUUGAUGUAACAAACUCUUAUCUUCCACCAGCGAUGUUGGCCAGUGGCAUCACUAUGCUUAUAUAUCUUUACAUCAGAGCAACACUGAGACAUCUAAUCCUAGGAAUAACACUCAAGGUGUCCCACUGUUGCUCUGAGGCUACGAUAUGUACAUCACAUCGAUAGAUAUAAACUUUAGUGAAAGUACACUCAUGUCAUACUUCUUUUUUACUGCAUUGUACUGUACAUACAUACAAGAAUAUUUCUGCUACUUUAAUUUAGAUGACGUAUUAAGCACUCAUGUUUAAUUAGGGUUAAAAUUCCUUUAUUAUUAAUUUAAAAUCAAGACUUUCGUAUCACUACUGAUCUAUAACACGUGUUUAAAUAGGCUUCCAGCAAAUUUGAACAGGGCUCAUUCCCAAUUGGUUCCUAUUUUUUAGGUGCCACUCUGUUAAAAAUGUCUUGUGGUGCGAAUUGCAUAAAACUUUGGCCUUAAUAUGAAUUCCUUCUUUUGUUUUGACAUGUAGUUUUGUUCAACCAUGGUAUAAAAGAUUUAAAAAUGAUGAGUAAUGUCAUUAAUACACAUUAAAAUUUGUAACCCCCCCCCCUCCUUUUAAUGAUUGAUAUUUUUGUAUUAGUAAUAUUCAUGAAAGAAGUAAGCAUUGAAAACAUUUUUAAUAUAUUAUUUAAUUUAGGUAAUCAUUUUGUUGUACUUAAUUUCUUGAUUUAUUUAUAUUAAAUACUUAUUUAUUCAUGUCAUUUUUAUCUUAAGUAAAUUUCAUUGAACAGUGAUCUGGUUUAGGUUUUGGAAGUAUUUCUCAUGAGUGCAUUUAUUUGAAUUAAUUGGUUAUAUUUUUGCUGGAAAAUGCAUAGUGCUCCAUUUGGCUGUUAAAACUUAGCAUUGCAUGAUGUUUCAUUUUGAAGUUAUGUCAAUAAAUAAAUAAAUAAAAUGUUUUUAAUAAUGGAAAAUUAUUUUCUGAGUUGAUAUUUUUUAUGUAACUGUGUACAAUGUUUCUAUCAUAUUCACAAGUAAAGAAAAGGAAAGAAAGAAAUAAACUGUUUAU